CUCUCGGCCUAAGACGGGCCAUCUUGAUCAGCUCCCUUACAUUAUCAUUUGGCAGGACCUUGUAGAAGACCUACCCUCUUGGCUUAAGCCCUUCCUAGCCCCGCUCCCUCUGGAGCCAAAACCCAUUCUUGCUUUGCAGGGGACAAAGAAGAAGAAAAGUCUUACCCAGCCUUCAGCACCCCUCUACCCUGUCCUACAAGGGGGGACUGAAGAAGAAUUAAUUUUUCCUCCCCCAUAUAACCCCUCUAGGAUGCCGGAAGAACACCAUCCUCCCCCUCCGGGGGAGGCAGACGCUGUUCCGAGAGCGGGAGGCGGAAAUGCUCCAGUGGGAAGCCCGCCCUUUACAAGACAAAGGGCACAUAGGGAGCAAUCUGCCUCCGCCACCGACUCCACUAUUCUGCCCCUGCAAGCCACUGGACCCCCAGACGCGGAGGGGAAUCAGCCCCAUCACUAUUGGCCUUUUGCCACUAGUGACCUCUACAAUUGGAAAGCUCAGAAUCCUAAGUUUUCCGAGAAACCGGCAGGGCUUAUUGAUUUAUUAGACUCUGUUCUUUUUACCCAUCAGCCCAUGUGGGACGAUUGCCAGCAGCUUUUGCAGGUCCUGUUCACGACUGAAGAAAGAGAAAGAAUCCUUAAUGAGGCCCGAAAACUAGUUCCGGGCGCAGACGGGAAUCCCACCACCAACCAGGCUCAGAUAGAUGCCUCCUUCCCCUUAACUUGGCCCCAGUGGGAUUUCAACACGGCAGAAGAAGACAGGCUCCGGGUCUACCGCCAGACUCUAAUGGGGGGUCUCCGAAUGACUGCUAGAAAGCCAACCAAUUUGGCCAAGGUAGGAAAUGUGCAACAGAGAAAAGAUGAAUCUCCGGCUGCCUUUUUAGAACGGAUCAUGGAGGCAUUCUGUACCUAUACCCCCAUGGAUCCAGAGGCUCCGGAAAGCAAGGCAGCUGUUAUCAUGGCCUUUGUAAACCAAUCGGCCAUAGACAUUAGGAGAAAAUUACAGAAAAUAGAUAGACUAGGCGAAAAAAGUCUGCAGGACUUACUGGUGGUAGCCGAAAAGGUAUAUAAUAACCGGGAGCCUCCUGAGGACAAGCAGGCUUGUGCCAUGGCGGCUGCCAGCAGUAAGCAGACUCAAGACCUGGCCAGAAUACUACUAGCUACCACUGCUGACUUCCCCAAGGAAGGAGACCGCCAUCUCUGGCAGCUGGCAGACGAUGCAAGAAAAGGUAAAGGAACCACCAAGUGGGGGAAGCAGAGGCUGCAGAAAGAUCAGUGCACAUACUGCAAGGAGACAGGGCAUUGGGCCCGAGAUUGUCCGAAAAGGGCCGGCAGGAAGGGAAGCAAGACUGAUCGAGUAAAAGUCCUAGAGCUAGAUGAACUAAGUGAUUAGGGGAGUCUGGGUUCGGACCCUCUCCCCGAACCCAGGGUAACUCUUAAAGUGGAGGGGACCCCUGUUGACUUCCUUGUUGACACCGGAGCACAACAUUCGGUCCUCUGCACCCCACAAGGAAAACUAGCCAGCAAGAAGUCCUGGGUACAAGGGGCAACUGGUAUGAGCCAGUAUUCAUGGACUACCCGAAGAACAGUAGAUUUGGGGACGGGCCGGGUAUCCCACUCCUUUAUGGUAAUACCAGAAUGCCCCUACCCGCUGUUAGGACGGGACUUACUGACCAAGAUUGGAGCUCAGAUAACUUUCAGACAAGGGGGGCCUCAGGUCACCGAUGGCAAGGGCCACCCCAUCCAGGUCCUGACCAUGAAACUGGAGGAUGAAUACCUCCUCCACUAGGAGGCGCUCCCGAGAGAGGAUAAUAUAGACAGAUGGCUACAAGAAUUCCCCUCGGUUUGGGCAGAGACGGGGGGGGGGGGGGGGGGGGGAUAGGACUAGCCGCUCACAGGACCCCGGUCCCGGAAGAGCUCAAGCCAGGAGAGAGUCCGGUAAGGAUCAAACAAUACCCCAUGUCUCAGGAGGCCCGGAAGGGGAUCCAGCCACACAUCCGGAGACUACGAAGCCUAGGGGUACUAGUUCCUUGCCAGUCUCCCUGGAACACCCCCCUACUGUCAGUCAAAAAGCCUCACACAAAUGACUACCGACCAGUACAAGACCUCCAGGAAGUAAAUAAGAGGGUCACAGACAUACACCCAACUGUUCCCAACCCAUAUACUCUCUUGAGCUCCUUGGCCCCCUCCAGGAUCUGGUAUACUGUACCAGAUUUAAAGGACGCCUUCUUCAGUCUGCCGCUGGCACCCCAGAGCCAACCCUUGUUUGCCUUUGAGUGGCAUGAUCCGGAGGAGGGCUACAGUGGGCAACUCACCGGGACAUG